AUGGAACACGGUUUUGGUUCAACAUUCAGCGUUGAUGUCCAGUCUAGCACGUUAAUUCUAGGAACGACUCCCCAGAAUUUGAUAGUAUCUACGGGCAAUGAGUCCAGCAAAAGAGCUCUCGGCGUGAUUGGCAAAGAUCUAGACCAAGAUGUCCUUGACGAAGAACUUUCAGAUCCAGAACCAGAAUCUGAUGCUGACGAAGACGAGACCUUUGUGCGUUACGAUAUUAGCGAUCAUGAUUCGGACUGCGGGUGUCCAUCGCCAGACGCAUCAGACGAUGAUAUGAACGAAGAUGGCUUAUUGGAGAGAUCAUACAAUGGUCCCGACGAUGAUGACUGCUGCCGUCUCAAAGAAUUACGCGAAGAAAGGAAGUUGGAACUGAUUGAAGCAAAGGAAGAGCAGGAGGAGCUCAGGGAAGGCGACCUUAAAGAAGAGGCUAUCAUGGUGAACAAGAUACAGGCGGCUAUCAAGGCCGUGCAGAAGGCCGAGAGCAGAGCAGACGCCCCAGCCGUUCAACUCUGUCGCCAACACAAUGUUCCACGUGUACUGCGUCGAUCACGUGAAGCACUGCUUCUGUGA